GGCUUGGCGCGCUUUGCCUUCAUCCUCACCACCACCAUCUCUGUAUUCUUCUCUUACUUUUCUGUCUGGACCUUUUCUUUAUCUCAUUACGCGUCUUUUAUUCACUCGCCAUGGACCACUAUGCUAGCCGGCGCAAGGAGAUGCUGGCUAUCAUGAACCAGCUUCACAGUAUAGGUGCUCAGACGUAUCUAAAGCUUCCCCGCGUCGUUGUUAUCGGCAACCAAAGCGCUGGCAAAUCGAGUGUCGUGGAGGCGAUAUCUGGCAUCAACGUGCCUCGAGACGCCGGAACGUGUACGCGAUGUCCGAUGGAAUGCCGCCUUGCUUCAAGUGAAGACCCAUGGUGCUGCCAAAUUUCUAUACGAUACGAAUUCGAACAGAGUGGAGGGAGCCGCCUCAAAGAAGUCAUCGAGCGGAAAUUUGGAGACCUCAUCACGAAAAAAAGCCAGGUCGAACCAAUGCUACGACGAGCCCAGUGGGCUGUGCUCAAUCCGAACCUUUCAUAUGAACAUAUCCUUGGGGUUAGCAUACACGAGAUGGAUUAUAAUUCGUCAAGCAGUGCUCUGCGGUUUUCUCGCAAUGUCGUCUGUGUCGAUCUAAAGGGUCCGGAUUUGACUGAUCUCUCUUUCAUCGAUCUUCCAGGCAUCAUUCAAAAUGCUGAGACCGAAAUAGUCAAACUCGUUGAAGACAUGGUCGUUUCACACAUAGCGGGUAAUUGUUUGAUCCUCGUUGCCCUCCCGAUGACAGACGAUGUGGAGAACCAAAAAGCACUCAAGUUAGCCAACCAAGCUGAUCCUCAGGGGCGUCGAACAAUAGGUGUCCUUACCAAACCGGAUAUGUUACCGGAAGGGUCUGUCAAAAACCGUGCCUUGUGGCUGGAUGUUGUCGAAGGGCGACGGUUCCCUCUCAAGCACGGUUAUUACUGUACGAGACAUCCGGACGAUGCUGACAGGAACAGUGGUAUGACCUCUGAGGAGACGCGUAAAGCUGAGAUGGAGUUUUUUACACGAACGGAACCCUGGAGCCUCUCCACUACGCCACACUAUUUUGGCGUCAAAAAUCUCACAGCAGCCUUGAGCAGCCUUCUCAUACGAGUCAUACAAGAGGCCUUGCCGAAGAUUCAGCUCGAAGCGACUCGACAACUGAAGACGUGUCGAGACGAACUGGAACGCCUACCAAAGCCAAUCGUCGGUGACCCGGCCACUUAUAUGUUGCAGCUCAUUACGACGCUCUGUGACGAUAUCAAUCUGCAUAUUCGGGGGAGCUCCCGGACGAACAAGAUGAUUCAGGACAACCGUACAGCCUUUGCCAAGUUUAAAAUUGAAAUCAGAAAGACGGCGCCGAAUUUUAUACCUUCUGGUGACGCCAAGGAGUCGGUUAACGAUGACGAUGAAAGUGAAAAUGGAGUGCUUACUACGUCCGGACCGUUCGGAGUCUCUGAUAUGAGGAUGCAUAUACAAAGAUCCGUAACGAGAGAAUUACCCAACAAUGUGCCAUUUAAUGCCAAAGUAGCUCUCAUUACUUCCUUCCAGCAGUCGUGGCCCGACUCCGUCAAGUCGUGCUUCGACGAUGUCCGGAACACUGUUCUGAAGACACUUCUCGCCUGCGUAGAUCAUGAACGACUGGGACAAUAUGACCUCUUGAGACAUCAUCUUCGCUCCCUUGUCUCGGAGAUUGUAUCAGAGCAAUACGUGUAUUGUCAUGGGUUUCUGGAUGCUAUCCUUGAGGCAGAGCUAUCGCCCUUCACGCAGAACCUACAUUAUUUGGAUUCGAGUUCUGAGAAGUGGCUGGCGAAGUAUAAGGGCGCCAGGCAGGAGAGGAUGGCUAAGAUAGCGCCACCAGCACCAGAAUCGAUACUCCCUGGCGCCCGGCCGUUCUCGGCUGCAUCCUCCAAGACGAGCCUCUUUCAUUUCGGCCCCAGACCUGUGAAUAUCGACCCCAAUUCCGAUUCCUCAGAUGGAUCCGACGGCUUCGUCUUCCCGAAGAGUCCCACAGCCUCCAAACGCAAGUCCAAUAAUAAUAACAAAACCAGUGUUCCAGCAUCGGGGACGUUCUUACCUGCCGAAGACGUUUCGAAUAGAUUCGAUAAGGAGAAGAUGGACAAGGCACUUGCGGCUCUAACGGCACUGGGAUUCACCGGGUUGACUGCGGAGGAGUUGGAAAAGCUCCACCCUGUGGAUGAUUAUGAAACGGAGCUGAAGGUCAUGGCGGAGGUGAGAGGGUAUUUUCAGGUUUCGUACAAGCGCAUCAUCGAUUACGUGCCAUCCCUCAUUGACCUCAAGUUCGUCAAGGCUGUGGGGAAGGCGCUCCAGCCAUUCUUGAUUAAAAAGUUCGGGUUGGGUAGUAAUGAGGCAAAUGGAAAGUGCGCGCAGUACGUGGCUGAAGACCCGGCGGCGACAAAUUUAAGGGAGGAGCUGGGUGUGAAGCAGAGACGGUUGGAGAAGGUGCAGGAGGAGUUGUAUAAGUUCCGGAGUUUGUAGAUUUUCACAUUGGGCUCACAUUGGACUUUAGACGUAUUUUCUUCGCAGUAUCAAUUGUACAGUAUUACAUCCGUUGUCACGAACCAUCAUUGUCAUUUGGGCAUUUCCUAC